GGCACAUCGCACCAGGACGCAUUCCCCGUUCAAGUAGUCCUACCCCCGUGGUCGAGCUCCCAGAGCACAAGUCUGGUACGGGAGGCGCGUUCACCUCUCUUCUUCCUUGAGGCGACGCGAUGCACAGCUUCACGCUUUUGACCGUCUUCCUCUGCGGCUUUUGGGCCGUCACCCUCCUCUAUGGCGAGAUGGUCGCCUACUGGGCCGCCUUCUGGACCUGUUCCUGGCCGCAGCCGCGCCUCUCUUCCUCCUUUUCCAAGACUGACCAUUAUGUUAAGGUUGCUGUGUUGGCGGACCCACAGCUUAUGGACAGGACCUCACAUGGACUUCCUCCAAAAUCACUUUUGUUAGAGGCUGCCCAAUUUUAUACAGAUUUAUACAUGAGGAGAUCUUUCCGUUCAUCCAUAUUGCCAUUCAAACCUGAUUUGAUUGUAUUUCUUGGUGAUCAGUUUGAUGGUGGGCCUUUCUUGUCGGAUGAGGAGUGGCAAGAGUCACUGAACCGAUUUAAACACAUUUUCAGUCUGAAUGAAAAGGGCAGAGAUUUGGCCAUCCCUAUUUAUUACCUCUCUGGAAAUCAUGAUAUUGGCUAUGCAGGUUUCCAUUCACAGUAUCCAAAGGUGAUCAGUCAUUAUGAGAAGGAAUUUGGAGCAAGAAACUACCAAAUUUCUGUUGGAAAGAUCAACUUUAUCGUUGUUGAUGCUCAAACACUCGAUGGUAGAUUAUUGUUCCUUCAAAUGCCCAUCAUGUUUCCUUCUAAUCUAUAAAAUAUUAGUAACAUG